ACACACACACACACACACACACACACACACACAGUUGAUUAAAGUGAGUGAGUGAGAGUGUGUGUGUGUGUGUGUGUGUGUGUGUGUGUGUGUGUGUGUUAAUGUGUUACUAAUAUAACUGAGAGCAUACACUCAAUAUCAUGUUGGAAUAAUGGAGCUAUGAAGCAGGAGCUGGUGUAGCUGGUCUUUAUUCUCCACAGCUUGAACACUGUAGGCCGUAACCAACGGCAACACAAUAAAAACAGACACAUCUAUCACUAUCAACAUUAGCUCGCCAACGUCUCCCCCCAACACACACACACCGGAGCCCCGAGCUGAACACACUCCCCCCCACAGGUCCUCUGACACUCCCAGGUGAUAUCUCACACCUAUCAUUGCCAUGGCAACUGCCCUGACUGACAGGCUAUUGAUUGAUUACACAGCCCGUUACAAUCGCUGUCGGUCCCCCUCCUCCCAUGAUGCAUCUGGGUGUGUGGGCAACGAGCACGGAACAGAGGUGCAUUCUGGGUCAGAUCAAAGGUCAUGUGAUGUGUUUCCUGUUCCUGCAGCUACAGUGGAGCUGCUCGCUGUGUGGGAGUCUCUAAGUACAGGUACCUCACCCACAGAGGGUACGGGUCUUUAUUUACCUCACCCACAGAGGGUACGGGUCUUAUUUACCUCACCCACAGAGGGUACGGGUCUUUAUUUACCUCACCCACAGAGGGUACGGGUCUUUAUUUACCUCACCCACAGAGGGUACGGGUCUUUAUUUACCUCACCCACAGAGGGUACGGGUCUUAUUUACCUCACCCACAGAGGGUACGGGUCUUUAUUUACCUCACCCACAGAGGGUACGGGUCUUAUUUACCUCACCCACAGAGGGUACGGGUCUUUAUUUACCUCACCCACAGAGGGUACAGGUCUUAUUUACCUCACCCACAGAGGGUACGGGUCUUUAUUUACCUCACCCACAGAGGGUACGGGUCUUUAUUUACCUCACCCACAGAGGGUACGGGUCUUUAUUUACCUCACCCACAGAGGAUACGGGUCUUUAUUUACCUCACCCACAGAGGGUACGGGUCUUUAUUUACCUCACCCACAGAGGGUACGGGUCUUUAUUUACCUCACCCACAGAGGGUACGGGUCUUUAUUUACCUCACCCACAGAGGGUACAGGUCUUAUUUACCUCACCCACAGAGGGUACGGGUCUUUAUUUACCUCACCCACAGAGGGUACGGGUCUUUAUUUACCUCACCCACAGAGGGUACUGGUCUUAUUUACCUCACCCACAGAGGGUACAGGUCUUAUUUAACUCACCCACCAGUAUUAAUGGUAUUAUAUAAUAGAUUAUAUACUUUAUGGAUUAUAUAUUGUAUUAUUGUUGUCAGUGAAACACUGUGUAUGUCUGUUUAAAAUAAAUAAAUAAAAGGAAAUAUGGUUUAUUAGUAAUGCAUUUAUAUCAUUAAUAGACUCAAUUGGCUUCUGUCAGAGUGUAAAUAAACCAACUCAUUGUUUUAAUCACACUCUUGACCUUGUUCUAUCAUAUGGCAUUGAUAUUGAACAUUUAAUAGUCUUCCCACAUAAUCCUUUCCUAUCUAACCAUUAUUUAAUAACUUUUGAAUUCAUACUAUUAGAUUAUAAGCCAUUAGGCAAAACUUCCUACAGCAGAUGUUUAUCUGACAGUGCUGUAGCUAAAUUUAAGGAGGAGAUUCCCUUCAGUGUUUAAUUCAAUGCCAUGUCUGAAUUUAACAGAGUCCUAUAACGACUUAAGUCCCUCUGAAAUUGAUAAUCUUGUCGAUAGUGCUACAGGCUCACUACGGUCAACAUUAGACUCUAUCGCUCCUAUAAAAAGGAAAUUAUUAAAACAUAGGAGACUAGCACCUUGGUAUAACCACCAAACCCGCCAGUUAAAACAAAUAGCUAGGAAAUCUGAAAGGAAAUGGCGCUCUUCCAAAUGAUCAGAAUAUCGCUUAAAUUGGCAAGAUAAUCUUAAAACCUAUAGAAAGGCCCUCCGUAAUGCCAGAGGAGCCUAUUAUUCAGCACUAAUAGAAGAAAAUAAGAAUAACCCUAGGUUCCUCUUCAGCACUGUAGCCAGGCUGACAGAGAGUCACAGCUCUAUUGAGCCACAUAUCCCCAUAAACUUAAGUAGCAAUGACUUCAUGAGCUUCUUCUAUAAUAAAAUUAUCACUAUUAGAAAAAAAAUUAAUCACCAACUGCCAUCAACAGUUAUCAGUGGCUCUCCAAGUUCAGGGACUUCUGCCAAUGUAAACUUAGAUAUAUAUUUAGACUGUUUUCUGCUAUCGAUCUUCAUCAGUUAACUUCAAUCAUUUCUUCAUCGAAGCCAUCAACCUGUCUAUUAGACCCGAUCCCAACUAGGCUGCUUAAAGAAGUUGUUCCCUUAAUUGGCACUUCUUUACUGGAUAUGAUUAAUCUUUCUUUAUUAUCAGGAUAUGUACCACAGUCCUUUAAAGUAGCUGUAAUUAAACCCCUUCUUAAAAAGCCCACUCUUCAUGGUCAGGCCCCUUCAUAUCUUAAAGAGCUCAUAGUACCCUAUUACCCCACUAGAACACUGCGUUCUCUGAAUGCUGGGCUACUUGUGGUUCCUAUAGUCUCUAAAAAGUAGAACAGGAGCCAGAGCCUUCAGUUACCAAGCUCCUCUCCUGUGGAACCAGCUUCCAGUUGUGGUUCAGGAGGCAGACACCCUCUCCACAUUCAAGAGUAGGCUUAAGACAUUCCUCUUUGAUAAAGCUUAUAGUUAGGGCUGGAUCAGGUGAGUCCUGAACCAUCCCUUAGUUAUGCUGCUAUAGGCCUAGACUAUCGGGGGAUUUCCCAUGGUGCACUGAGCUCCUCCCUUCCUCUCUCUUUCUGCACUCAUUCAUGUUCCAUUAAUGCAUGUUACUAACUUCACUUCUUCCCCGGAGUUCUUGUGCUUUCUCGUCUCGCAGGUUCUCAGGGAUCCUGGUGGAGCCUCCUGCCAUGGUCCUGCUUGACUGCCAUUGCCAAUCGUGUUGUUGCUGUGCACCUAGAAGAAGAGGUUCAGUCGAGGAGAGCGAGACUUCAUGACGAGGAUGACUCGUCCUCUACAGCUCACCUGUCUGCACAUCAACACCCACUGAUCUCACCUGUACACUGACAGGAAGUCAGCAACAGGAAGAGGCGGAGCCAGCUCACCUGCACUUCAGUUUUAAUGUUUAAUGUUGAUAUAAGUUAUUAAAUCUUCUUUUAUUUCACACCACACACUGUUGUCAUGGCAACAUCACAGUCCCUCAUAAACCUGAGUCAGGUAAUAUUAUAAUAAUCAUCAAAAAUAAAUAAUAAAUUACAGAAGCAGCAGGUAUUGAUUUAUUUCAAUAAAACCAUUUAUUAUUAUUAAAAUAAAUAAAUAAUGAAUUAAUUAAACUCUAUUUUAUAUUAUUAUAUCACAGAGCUGCAGUGUGAUAUAAUAACAGAAUAUUAUUUAUUUAUUGAUCUGUGGUUUAUAAUAUGUGUAAUGAUGAUGAACAACCAGCAGGGGGCGUUUCACUGCUGCUGAGCAUCAACGCUCUGCUGCCUAGCAACAGAUGACACAGUGAGCAGCUGCUUUUAAUUGGCUGACUUAUUAACAUUAAUAAUAAUAUUAAGACACUUUAUUUCUAUAUUUAGUUUAUUAUUUGCUUUCAGUAAAUUAUUUUAAAAUAUUUGUGUUGAAUUUAUGAAACAUUAUAAAUAAAGUAAACAAACAGUUUGAACUGA